AACUUUGAUAAGUAAAAUCAAGCCCAAACAAAAAACUCUCUCUUUUCUCUCUCUCAUAUACAAUCGGUCUCCUCUCUCUCCUCGUAUCUCUCACUCUCUCUCAAUCUCACAGAUACGCACACACAUCCCCCACCGCUUCCUCCUCCGGCGAAGGGCGCCGUCUUCGACCACCUACGCCACAGGCAUCUCCUCCGUCUCACCUCUCGCUCCCUGUCUACCCCCUUCUAUCACUCAGCGCGCACGGCGAGGCUGCACAUGCCUUCCAUCUGUCGCUACGCCGCCGCCGCAGUCACCAUCUCCACGCCUUCCAUCUGUAAUUUUCGGCCUUGCUACCUCUCGUUUUGCUACCCGAGGUCGUUGUAGUUGCUGCUCUCGUCGCAGUUGCGCUCCUAUUGGCGGUGCUACAGGUGCCGCUGCAACUGCCCCUGCUGUCGAAGAAAAGAAGGUGCGCCCCUGUUGUCGAAGAAAAGAAGAAAAAAAGCUGGUAGGCAGACAGCAAAAGAAUCAUGCCCACAAGGGCACGAAAAGUUUUCGUUUGGGAGUUUACAGAACUUGUUUGGAGGUAAGGUGAAGUAAAGGAAUCCCACAUUUUCUGCCCUUCCCUCGAGACUCUGAUAAGCAAUAAGAAUGGGACUUCUCAGCAUAAUCCGGAAAAUUAAGCGCAAAGAAAAGGAGAUGCGUAUUCUUAUGGUGGGUCUUGAUAAUUCUGGAAAGACUACAAUAGUGAUGAAGAUUAAUGGUGAAGACACUAGUGUAAUCAGCCCCACACUUGGAUUCAACAUCAAAACCAUGGCUUACCAAAAGUACACUUUGAACAUAUGGGAUGUUGGAGGGCAGAGAACCAUAAGGUCUUAUUGGAGAAACUAUUUCGAGCAAACUGAUGGGUUGGUCUGGGUGGUGGAUAGUUCAGAUCUGAGGAGGCUGGAUGAUUGCAAAUACGAGUUGGAUAAUCUUCUCAAAGAAGAGCGAUUAUCAGGAGCGUCAUUGUUGAUUUUUGCAAAUAAGCAGGACAUACAAGGUUCACUGUCACCUGAUGAGAUAGCUAAAGGGGGGCUUGGUUCAGGUAGUACUUGUGGAAGAAUAUUUCUGAUCACUUCUUACUCCCUUAAGCAGUUCUGAACUUAGAUGCCAUGGAUAAAAGCCGGCACUGGAAAAUCGUUGGAUGUAGUGCAUUUACUGGGGAAGGGCUGCUCGAAGGGUUCGAUUGGAUGGUUCAAGACAUAGCCUCGAGAAUUUACAUGCUUGAUUAAAGGCAAUUGCAUCUACCUCUAGCCUAUUUGUAACUCGUGUGGAAUGCGGCCUCAGAGUUCUCCUCAUUGCAAGAAACUGAAAUCUCAGAUGAGAUCAGAGACUUGCACUUUGAAGUGGAUGGAGGUUGCUUCUUGUUGUUUGUUGUAAUGCAAAUUGAGAAGAAUUGCUGCAGAAUUUGGUAUCGUUUUGGGAUUGGAAACUUUAAAAGUGGUUUAUCCGAAUUUGGAGAUCGUGUUUGUGUCAA